UUGAAAACGAGCAGCUAUGCCGCGGGAGGCAGAAAAUCGUCUGGAGGCUGGGAGCCACAGCCGAGGUACGGGAGGACGAACCCGGGGACGGCGGCACCGGGGGGCGGCUGGCAGACGUUAGCAGCUUACCUUCCCCUCAAUCUGAUAUCACAUUGAGUGUUUUUGGACCACACGCACUCGCUUCCGGAGUGACACCGGCGUAACAAUGUUGCUGCAUGCCGUCUGAGGAUUUAUGCCUCCCAGUUCUUUCUUUGUGAGUGAAAGUUGAACCCAGACGAUAAGCGACAGCAGCGGCGCUCACUAUGGUUUUGUUGGCGGUCCGCAGCAGGAGAUGUCUGGAUCGCUGCUGGAUGGGGACACUGUGCCUUCAGUUGUUGCUGUGGAUUUUAUGUGCCGUGAACGGAGAGGAGCAGCCGUUCAGCGUGGAGGCAUGGCUCCAAAGGUAUGGCUACCUCCCCCCUGCAGACCCCAGAAUGUCAGUGCUGCGUUCUGCCCGAGUCAUGCAGUCUGCUAUUGCUGCCAUGCAGCGCCGCUACGGCCUCAAUGUUACAGGGACUCUGGACAGCAGCACCAUAGACAAUAACACGCUAAGGUGGAUGAAGAAGCCCAGAUGUGGCGUUCCUGACCAGACGGCAGGUGUCACAAAAUUCAGCGUCAGGAAACGGCGGUACGCCCUCACGGGACAAAAGUGGCAACACAAACAUAUCACUUACAGCAUAAAGAACGUGACGCCCAAAGUCGGUGCAGAAGAGACCCACGAUGCCAUCAGGCGAGCCUUUGAUGUUUGGCAAAACGUGACGCCGCUGCGCUUCGAGGCCGUGCCCUACAGCGAACUGGAGCGGACCAAGAAAGACGUGGACAUCACGAUCAUCUUUGCCUCAGGUUUCCACGGUGACAGCUCGCCAUUCGACGGUGAAGGUGGAUUCCUGGCCCAUGCCUACUUCCCAGGGCCGGGCAUUGGAGGAGACACACACUUUGACUCGGAUGAGCCGUGGACACUGGGCAACCCCAACCAUGAUGGUAAUGAUUUGUUCCUGGUGGCGGUACAUGAGCUUGGCCACGCGCUUGGACUGGAACACUCCAACGACCCCACAGCCAUCAUGGCUCCCUUCUACCAGUACAUGGACACUGAGAACUUCAAACUACCUAUGGAUGACCUGCUGGGCAUCCAGAAGAUUUAUGGGCCUCCCGAUAAGAUUCCACAGCCCACCAAACCCUUGCCAACGGUGCCCCCUGCACGCCCCCACCCACCGUCGGACCCACGCAAACCAGACCGGCAGACCCGACCCCCAAGGCUGCCACCUGGGGACAGACCAUCCUACCCCAAUUCCAAACCUAACAUCUGCGAUGGAAGCUUCAACACCCUGGCCAUACUGAGAAGAGAGAUGUUUGUCUUUAAGGAUCACUGGUUCUGGCGAGUAAGAGACAACUCUGUUAUGCCUGGGUACCCCAUGCUCAUCAGUGUUUUCUGGAGGGGUCUGCCACCCAAGAUUGAUGCGGUCUACGAGAACAGUGAAGGAAAGUUUGUUUUCUUUAAAGGAAAGCAGUACUGGGUGUUUAAGGACACGGUGUUGCUGUCUGGUUACCCCAAGGACAUAAGCCAGUUCGGCCACGGCAUGCCGGCUCAGAGUAUCGAGACGGCCGUAUGGUGGGAAGAUGUGGCCAAGACCUACUUCUUCAAAGGGGACAGGUACUGGCGCUACAAUGAGGAAAUGAGGACCAUGGACCCCGGCUACCCCAAACCCAUCACCGUGUGGAGAGGUGUGCCCGAAUCGCCACAGGGGGCCUUUGUGGAUAAAGCCAAUGGUUUCACCUACUUUUACAAGGGGAAGGAGUACUGGAAGUUCAACAACCAGUUCCUGCGAGUGGAGCCAGGCUACCCGCGCUCCAUCCUCAAGGACUUCAUGGGCUGUGACCUGACGCCGGCGGACCCGGGGCGGCCGCCCUCCGACGACGGCGGCACGGACGUGGUGAUCGAGCUGGACAACGAGGGCAACACGGUGAAGGCGGUGGCCAUCGUCAUCCCGUGCGUGCUGGCGCUGUGCCUGCUGGUGCUGGUCUACACCGUGGUGCAGUUCAAGAGGAAGGGCACGCCGCGCCACAUACUUUACUGCAAACGCUCCAUGCAGGAAUGGGUGUGACCGCCACGCCGCCCGAUGGCUUUCUCAGCGGACGUCUUAAGCCACGCCCUCUCAAACGGCCUGACAAUCGGCCCCUAACGCGCCCCUAAGGCGUGACCUCGGGACAAGUUGACUGCUGAGUCGGCCUUCUUCGCUAACGGGGGGAGCAGAGGAACACUUUGAAGGAACGACCUUCAGGAAGAAAAAAAACACUUGAGGUCGUUUUCCUUUUGUAUCUUUUUGCCGGACAGCUCUUAAUCAGCGGGAGGACUCGGAGCGAGACGCUCUUCCCACAGGCAAGUCGUUGUCAUCCGUCAUAUCAGGUGUUUGGGGGCGGGGAUCUAUUUUCUGAUUCCUCACGUCACAGGGGUGUCCAAAGUGCAGCCCGGAGGCCCUAUUCGGUCCGCACUUCCUUUUUUACUGGCCAUGAAUAGAUAGAGGAAUAAUUAUAAUGAUAUACUGUAGAUUGCAGUCAAAUCUGUUUAUGUCGACGCCCCUAGGACUGGCUGACUGGCGUCGACAUAAGCGGUUGUCAACCUAAAACUAGCCAUCGCUUGCACAUUUAUUUAUCCGUCCACUUUAUUUCUGCUGACUAUUUGAAUAGUUUCCUAAGUGCUGCACAGUAUUAUAAAUAAAUAAAUAUUCAAGCUAAUCAAAUGUAUUUUAUUGAAAUAUUAUUUAAAAAAAUAUGUAUAUUAUAUCUAAUUAUUUAAAUCAAUAAAUACAAUCAAUUUAAUUGAAAAUGUCCAAUUCGGCUGCAAUACAUUAAAAAGUCAAUAAAAGUAGUACAAAAUAUUAUUGUGUAAAUAAUCAUAAAUAAAAGUAAAUAAAAACACUCAAAUAAAUACAAACAAAUCAAUAAAAGACACACGAGGACAAAGUUUUCAUACGUGCAAAAGUUAAAAAACUUUACGAGGUGCAUUGCGGUGGUUGCUUAGACAUAAGCGGGUUGUCAACAUAAGCGGGUUUCAAUGUUUUUAAUACUUAUUUAAUUUAAUUAAUGUCAUUAUUUUUUUAUUGUAAUUUUUAAAAAAUGUCAUUUUUUUUACUAAUUAAUAAAAAAAUAUUCAAUUAAAUUGUCAAAAUUUGUUUGUCGACAUAAGCUUUUUUUAUUUGAAAAAUGAAUACAAUUAACUUAAUAAUUAAUGCCGUUAACGUAAAUUAAGUGAUAUUUAUUUCAGUAUUACAAUAACUUGCUUUGUCAUCGACUUAAGCGAGUUGUCAGCGUAAGCCGGUUCCACUGUUUUGGUUACUUAUUCAAUUAACGUAAUUAUUUUUUCCAAUUGAGUGAAUUUGAAAAAUGAAUGACCAUGUAAUAAUUCAUUUUUAAGAAUUAAUUUCUCAAAUAAUUUGAUUUAAUGAAUAAAUAUUAAUUUCAAUAGUACGCUAAUUUGCUUUGUUGUCAUUGACAUAAGCAAGUUGUCGACAUAAGCGGGUUCCACAUUGUUUUUUUUCACUUAAUUAAAUAUUUUUAAAAUGUUUAAAAAUCAUACAAUUAACGUAAAAUGUCAUUUUUAGUAAUGAAAGUAAUUUUCAUAAUUAAUUACAUGAAAUGAAUGAAUAUUCCAGUAAAUAGCUGAGUCAGCUGUAUCACAGAUGUGCUGCAUAACUCAGAUGGCGACGUUUUAGCUGAGCAUAGACUGACCCGCAUUGGACAGGUUCGGAUCGGUUCUCGGUGAGUGAAGUUUGGACACCCCUGGUCUACAGCUACAAAAAAACACGAUGAUCACACUUUCAUUCCACUUUUUUCCCCCUCAUUUGCCUCCUUUUAAUUAGAAAAGAAAUCCUCACUUGUUCCCUUUAAAAUGUUAACAAAACCAAAUAAAAUCUCUCCAAAGAGGAUCACCUUUUAUUUUGGAAUCCACGGCUCCUUCCCUGGUCUGGAUCCACGAGCGGGAGCUCCGACUGUUGUGGCAGUCUGUUUCUGUGAGACACAGUGGCCAAAACCUUCUGCAAUAUUCAAAACUCGCCUUAAUUAUACGUACUUGUGCUUGGUUUUGCUGUAUUGUUGUUUGUGUGUGUGUGUGUGUGUGUGUGUGUGUGUGUGUUUUUUUUCUAUACUGCUCUUGUUUGUUUUAUUGGAGGCAGCUUUAAAAAGCUUCUUGUGGAUUUUAUUACCCAGGAUUCUCAGCACUGGCUUGCUGAGCCAGGUAGUCAUGUUGUUAUUACGCGUCGGAGGGUUCUGGAGUCAAGCCACUAUUUUGUGUUUUAUAUUUGUUGCUGUUCAAGUUGAUCAUUUCUCUUUGGUUCGACACUGAGUGUGCACCCAAAAGGCAUUCUCUGUGGUAUUUUGUCAAUGGACGGAUCUGUUUUCUACUUCUACUGCCUUGUUUUGAGCACUCGCGCAUCUCAGAAUGCUGUCUUCUUUCUGGCCCAAAAAGUGGAGAUCAGUGCCUGUGUCAUCAGCCUGCAUGCAAGCUUUCACAACCACGCGCAUCUUCUCAAUGCAGCUCCCAAACAACAAGGAGGACUGUUUUCCCUUUUUUUUACAUGUUUUAUUUUUAUUUUAUUGCACCCCCAGCCUCCAGGUAAUGCUCCAUCCAACACAACACCAAGGAUCAACAAAUACUGGGAGGUCUUUUGCUUUUUCAUGUCCUCUCUGAAUGUCUGUUUUUCAUGACAGUUUGGCACAAACGGAACAUCUCGCAGUCGUGGAAGACUUUUAGGACAACGGAGCAAAAUGUCCUGACAGAAUGAAUAAAUUGAUCAAUACAUGAUUAAGAGCUGCCUUCAAACGGUCUCUUCAUCAUUUUUUUUGGGGGGGGGGAGGCUUCAACAAUGCAGUCCAUGUUUAAAGUAGGACUGCAACCACGUCAUUGACAAGCAAUUCAAAGGCCGACUGUUACUUUCAAGGGUGUCGUGGUUACCAGGUCUUCAUUGCCUCGUGUGUACGUACGUUACAAUUUCAUGUUUAGAGGUAAAAAAUUAAGCGUAAAUCCCCGGGAGGGGUCUCGGGAACGCCCCACAAAUAAUGAAACAUUUGCUCCAAAAUUACAAAUAGUCACAAUAGUCAUUUGUGCUGGUAUGUGGCAUAAAAAUGAUCGAUUGUGCUUUUUUUUUUGGUUACUAAGCUUAUUGCAGAUGUCAGCCUAACUUCACCCAGCCCCUAUUUGCUCCAAAAUUAACCAUAAAGUCGUAAUUGUUUGUGCUGUAAAAACGAUCAUGUGUGCUGUUUUUGUUAUUAAGGUUACUGCAAAUGUCAGCCUACGUUCACCCAGCCCCUCAUUUCCUCCAAAAUGAAACAAAGAUAGUCACAAUCGUUUGUGCUAUAUAAUUAAUUGUGCUUUUUUUGUUAUUAAGCUUAUUAAAAAUGCCAGCCUACGUUCACCCAGCCCCUCAUUUCCUCCAAAAUGAAACAAAAAUAGUCACAAUUGUUUGUGCCGGUGUGUGGCGUAAAAAUGGUCGAUUGUUCCUUUUUUAGUCAUCAAGCUUAUGACAAAUGUCAACCUUGCUUCACCCAGCCCCUAUUUGCUCCAAAAUCGCAAUCAUUUGUGCUGGUUUGUGCUAUAUAAAUGAUUGAUUGUGCUUUUUUAGUUAUUAAGCUUAUUCCAAAUGUCAACCUAAGUUUACCCAGCCCCCCAUUUGCUCCAAAUUCAACCAAAAAUAGUCACAAUCGUUUGUGCUAGAAAAAUGAUUGAUUGAGCUUUUUUAGUUAAGCUUCCGGCAAAUUCAGUUACAUAAAUUCAGUGUCUAAAAAAAGCUUUGGUAAUGGAGCAAAAAAAUUUACCUUCGUAACUCAAAACUCCACCAAAAUAGUCACUAUCAUUUGUGCCAGGUUUCUGCUGGUCUGUGCCGUAAAAGUGAUCGAUUGUGCCGCUACUCUUUGAGUUAUUCAAGAUUGUGUCCGAUGAUGGCGUCACCCGAGCCCUCAAAUACCCCAAAUGAAACCAAAAUAGUCCCAUUUUUUACUGCAGAGUUUGUGCUGGUUUGUGCCGUAAAAAUGAUGGGUUGUGCUUUUGUGGUUUGAACAAGAUUCCAGGAUUUCUCCAGCGAUGAUGGCGGCACUCAUACAUAACGCACAUGCCUGGAACCGCCGCUGCGAUGUUGCGAUUGCGCUAAUUCUAAUCCACAUCCUCACUUCCUUGUUUACAUUGACAGAAAUGUCAGUUGGUGAUGAUAAUCUCUCAUGGUCUCUUUGGUUUGCUUUUAUCCGCUCCAUGUGAGCGGUACCAUGUGGCCCAUGUCUAAAACCGCCACUGCCCGGUGCUAUUUUAGUCUCCUCCUCCUCCUGCUGCUGCUGUCAUUGGCUCAAAAAGUGAGUGAUUAGAACAGGAAGUGAAGGAAUACAUUUUCGUUUAACCCAAGCCCUCACGGCGCCCUGCUUAAUGGCCCCCUCUUAGGUUAAGGACCAUUUCUCCUGCUGGUGCUUAUUAGCACAGCUCAGAGCUGUGAUGAAGGUUAGCUGAGGUCAAGCCUUGGCCUGGAAGAAAAAACAAAGGAGCAAAUAUACAACGAGGGGAGAUAAAUGGUUGUUUACGUGCGCGCCGUCAGUGGCUAGGAAGCUGCUAGAUCAUCCUUCGCGUGGCAUUGGGGCACGUUUUCUGGGGGGGUUUUCCCACCAUGCAGAAAAAUUGUGGUCUACUUUGACACAUUUUGUAGAUUAAAGACACAAAAUCUCAUUAAAGAUACGCAAAGUGACUCUCAGCUGGUGGCUCGCAGACAGCUGAAAGAAUGACAUUAAAAUUGUUGGACUUUUUUUUUUUAAGUAAAAUAGAAUUUUGUGGUCAUUUUUAGUGCAAUUUUGA